GCAGACACGCCCGUCGACUCAUUGUUGUACCAGCUACACGAGAUAAGCCUCGCUCUCAUGCCGCCGUGGAGCACAAUCGUGGACCGCAGGACCGUGAGAUCCUUGACCGAUGUCGCAUGGUACGACCUCAUGGGCGUGUUGGUAAAGCUAAAAAGUUCGCAUGAGUGGGCCAAGCACGCUUUCACGCUCCAUAGCGACAACGACUGCGCGAAUACGCGCACGCGCGCCCAAGCGGCGUCUCCGCCCCCCGCCCCCGGCGACCUCGUCUACGCCGCCAUCGCCCAGACCGCACAUCUUUACAUCUGGGGCGUCCUCAGCGAUCUGAAAUACGACACUGCAUCCAAAGGCCACUUCUCGCGGCAGCUGCGCGCGCUGCUCUCAGUACCAGACCUACUAGAGCGUUGGACGGCCGCAGGCGCGCGCCUGCCUUCCCUGGCCUGGACGUUAGGCGUGGGAUGGUUUGUCGCGAGUGGCCACCACGGCGACCCGUCGUUGCCGAAGUGGUUUGAAGGGCGCUUGGCGGUUGUGGUGCCCGAGAUGGUGAGGAUGCAGCUGGUAACAGGGGGGCCGGGGAUUGAGGUGCUUAUGGGCGAGUUUCCGAGCACGGAUGUAUUUUGGAAGGAAAUGUGGCGGUUGGCGGAACGAUGGGGGGCGAUGAGGGAGAGCGCUGUUUGAUGGUGAUGCUGCUGCGUGAUACGGUCAAGAUUGGUGACAAGGUUUUAGCUGGUUGGCAACUUCCGGCUAUCGAAAAGGCGUUUGUCGGUAUAUCAGGCUAGGUCUUGUGCUGCCGUUGGGAAAUCUUUACCGUUAUAAGGAAAGAAACUUAAUAAACAAUCUACG